AUGAACAUUCCCACCACAAUGCGCGCCUGGCAGUGGACCACCUGCCCAACAACUCUCGAAUCGGCACUGUCCCUCAAUACUGACGCUCCUGUCCCUUCCCGCCCCCUCGCCCCAGGCGAAUCCCUCGUCCGCGUCCACGCCGCCGCCCUCAACCCAGUCGACUACAAGCUCGCCGAGCUGCCCCUCAUAGGCCGCCUCGCGAUCCCCAAGCCCGCAACCCCUGGUCUCGACUUUGCAGGCGUCGUCGCACGCACCGGCCCCGACUCACCGCUCAAGAUUGGCCAGCGCGUCUUCGGGAAACUAGAGCCAAAACAGCAAUUUGGCACGCUGGAAGAGUAUAUUAUCGGCUCGCGAGAGGGCACAGUGCCGCUGCCGGAGGGUGUAUCAUUUGAGGCGGGCGCGGCGCUGGGCGUGUGCGGGUUGGUUACGUAUCAAGCUCUCACGAAGCAUUUGAGGGGUGGGGAGCGGGUGGUUGUGAACGGAGGGAGUGGGGGGACGGGCGUGUUUGCGGUACAGAUUGCGAGGGCGUUAGGGUGCGAGGUUGUGGCUACGUGUUCGGGUGCGAAUGUGCAGCUGUGCAAGGAUAUGGGUGCUGACGAGGUGAUUGAUUACCGCACCCAGAGUGUUACAGAUGUGCUCGAGAAGAGCGGGAAGAAAGUCGAUUUUGUGCUCGAUAAUGUGGGUGAGCCCGCUGCAUUAUACUGGCGAGCAUCAAAGUUCACCAAGCCGGGGGCGAAGUACGUACAGAUAGGGUCGCAGGUCAGUUUGGGGUUCAUAUACGACCUUACUUUUAGGUUCGUCGUACCUACGUGGCUGGGAGGUGGGCGGAGGCCGUUCUCCUUUGCUAUGGCGUCGACGAAUUUGAAGGACUAUGAGGGUUUAGCGGGCUUGGUGGCAGAGGGCAAGGUCAAGCCGGUGAUUGAUGAGGUGUUUGAGAUGAAGGAUGUUCCACAGGGAUACAAGAAGUUGAGGACUGGGCGAGCGAGGGGAAAGAUUGUUGUAAGAGUUGUGGAUGAGUCUUAAAGAAGAAAGCAGACGAAGUUACGAAGCGAUGAUUGCAUGGGUGUUUCAGCGAUGCAUUGGCGUAAUGAAAGUCCGGUAUGUUUCUUUAGAUCGAUUAAUGUUUCCAAAUUAUCACUAUACACC